GCUGGUACAGUCGGACGUGGCAGUAGGAUAGAUACGUAGGAACAGUUGAACAAGAUUGAAAGACCAAGCCAUUUCGCGCCACUGCCAAAUUGCCAAUAGCUAAACUUGGGCGUCUAAUGCUAUGUCAGCGUCUAUAUCUCCAAAUAAGGCAAACCCCCCAGCUCGUGCCUGUCUCAUUCCCUUCCGAAUACUUACACUUCAUACCUCCCCUCCAAGCGAUCAACACCCAUCAUUAUACACGAUGUCUUCGGCCCAACGAAAACCAGCUCCACGACUCCCGCGACCAGCUGCACGUUACUGGAAGGGUAAGGCACCCAAAGGCGCCGGCGCAUUACCUUCUGAGUCGGAGGAAGAGGAAGAGUAUGAAGAGCAGGAACAAGUUGGUGAAGAGGAAGGAGAUAUACCUAUAGAGGGUGUUGAAGAAUAUGAAGAAGGUUUAGAGGUUAGGAUGAAGGCUCAGGUGGUGAAAGGGAGAGGUAUGAAUGUUGCGCUUAGAGAUGUGAAUAUCUCGAAGGAGGGGAAGGUGAUCGUUGCUGGGAGGGAGGAAGUUGGGAGGACUGAAAUUGAGCAAGAGGAGGAAAGCGAGGAAGAGGAAGAGGAGGAAGUGGGUGUUAAGGCUGAAGAGUUGGAAGAAUACGAAAGUGAAGAGGAGGAGUCUGAUGAGGAAGCACCGAAACUUCAGUUCCGACCGGUGUUUGUACCAAAACGUGUUCGAGUAACUAUAGCCGAGAAGGAAGCACUAGCACAAGACACGGAAGAGGCACUGAAGAAGAAGGAACAGGAAGCUGAAGAGCGGAGGAAACAGAGCCACGACAUGGUUGCAGAAAGCAUCAAACGUGAACUCCUCGAAAAGGAGAAAGAGGAAGAAGUCCCGGAUGUAGAUGACACAGAUGGUCUCGACCCGCAAGGUGAAUUUGAAGCCUGGCGUUUGCGCGAACUCGAACGUAUCAAGCGAGACAAGGAAGAAGCCAUGAGAAGAGAACUAGAGAGAGAAGAAGUAGAAAGACGGAGGGCAUUACCUGAGGAGCAGAGAUUACGUGAGGAUCUGGAGAGGGCGGAGAAAACAAGAGCGGAGAAACCCAAGGGUCAACAAAAGUUCUUGCAGAAGUACUGGCAUAAAGGCGCUUUCCACCAGGAUGAGGAGAUUCUCACGAAGCACGACUACACGGAAGCUACAGAAUCUACUAUGGACGUGUCGCUCUUGCCCAAAGUCAUGCAAGUCAAGAACUUCGGUAAACGUAGUCGAACCAAGUACACACACUUGCUUGACCAAGAUACAACCAUAACUACUGGUGGCUUUGGCGGAACAGCGUCAGUUAAAGCGGGUGGCACGUCGAUUGCUGGUGGAGGUUGUUUCCUAUGUGGCGGUCCUCAUUUGAAGAAAGAUUGCCCUCAGAACAAAGACCUACCUCCAGGUCGUAUAGGAACUGGCGCCAAUAGCACUGGAGCUGCCACGGUUGGUUCAAGACAAUGGGGAAGGAAAGGAGAUGAACGGACUGAUGACCGAGGGUCAUCAUGGCGAAACCGAGACGGUGGCGAGAGGGAGCGUAAUAAGCCAAGAGGAGGAGACGAACGGGCUCGCGACUGGAAAGAUGAACGAAGACGAGAUGACCGUGAGCGCGACAGAGGAUGGGACCGAGAAAGGGAAAGAGGGAAAGGUAGCCGAUACGACGACAGAGACAGGUAUGAGAGGAGGAGAUCAAGAUCACCGUCGCCAAGGAGGGAUAGAUGGAGAGACGAUGACAGAAGACAAAAAGAGAGACGGCGUUCUCGGUCGCGAGAACAGUCCGUUGAACACGAGCGGGGUGAGAAACGCAGGAGGGUUGCUGCAUGAUUGCCAGUCCCUUCGUCGAUGUAGCCUGCUUUUGUAUUUCUAUCGCUUGGAAUACCAUUUCUAUACCUUUUGCUUGAUUUUGAGUGCACUUACAUUGAGAUUUCUGCUUGACAUGGAAGACCAAUAGAAGAUGUCGUAUGAC